AUGGAUGCAGAGAAGGAUAAACAUCAGUCCAGGUGUCUGACCACCCUGGAAAAAUGUCUGAUAUUUCUCUUUGUUGCAAUGACAAGCAUCGGCCUUAUAGCCCUCUACUUUACAGACAAGUCUUAUUCCUCUGCUCCUGCAGAAGGGCCACACUCAGGAUGUGGAGGUCCCCAGGAGCUAACCGGUGAGUCGGGCACCUUCAUCAGCUGGAACUAUCCCAGCAGUUACAACAAUGGCAAAAGCUGCACAUGGAGCAUCACUGUGGACCCUGACAAGGUGAUUCAUCUGUGGUUUGUGGAGUUUGCUUUGGAGGAGAAUCAGCUCUGCACAGCAGAUUUUGUCACACUGCGAGACACACUGGGAACCAUUGGUAAAUACUGUGGCUACACUAAACCCAAACCUUUGGUGACUCUUUCAAACCAUGUGAUGGUCCACUUUGACACCAAUGAAGACCAAGGAUUUAAAGCUCACUACAAAGCUGUGACUCCAGAUUUUGCAUCCCAAAUAGCCGGGGCUGGCGGUCUCCUCCAAGGUGAUCAGGGGAAUCUGAUGACUCCGGGCUUCCGAGGGCAAAGCUAUCCAAACGGAGCACUUUACCAGUGGAGAAUCACAGUGCCUGAAGGUGAGCGGGUCCGACUGACAUUUACCACCUUUGACCUUGUCCCUGAUGUCUGUGGAGACUUUGUUCAGAUUUAUGAUGGCCACAAGGCCGGAUCUUCUUUGAUCGGUACGUUUUGUGGUGGAAAUGUUCCCAAGCCAGUGGAGUCCAGUGGCAACACAAUGGUUGUCCGCUUUAAAUCUGACAACAGCUUGACUUCUAAAGGGUUCCAGGCAACUUACACAAAGUCCAGCCUUCCCCCUGUUGCCAUUCCUACCACAACUACAGCCCCAGCCACUACCAGCACCAAAACCCCACCUCCUCCUAUAACUUCUGGACAAAAAGGAAUUAUCCAGUCCACAGGUUUCCCAAAUUCAUACUCGGCUCAUUCCAAUAAUUCCUGGAAGAUAUCCGUGUCCAAAGGGUUCUUGGUUAAACUGCACAUCACUGACUUGGAAAUCACAGGGGAGACUGGACACUGCAAAGAUGACAAGCUAAUCCUCUCAGACGACUAUAGCAUUCUGGGUACACAUGGUGGCCACAUCCUCCCUCAACUGGUGGUCAGCAGCAGUAACACAAUCUCCGUCACCUUCCAGUCGGACCGUCGCCUCACAGACCGAGGAUUCUCUGCAGAGUGAGAGGCAGUGUAUCCUGAGAAUAUUGCAGAGAUCCAGGGAUGUGGCUUUUCCUCUGAUGAGGAAAGUGGUGUUAUCAAAUCCCAGAACUAGCCGAUGAACUACAAGGCCAACACAGAGUGUAUGUGGAACAUUGCUGUGCCUUUAGGGAAACAAAUCCCUCUGACGUUCUCUCAUUUUGACCUGGAAGCCAAAGAUUUUCUUACAUCUAAGUGCUACAACAACGUGAUACUGUAUGACCUCAAUGGACCAUUAUGUGGAACAGACCUGCCUACUAGCAUCCAAACGAAAGGCAACAGGUUGAUGAUCCGUCUUCACACAGACUUGUUUAGUGAGGCUGAAGGCUUCAGAGCUUACUGGACUACAAAUCCCAGUCUCCCUGCUCACACUGAGCCACUUGCUGAAAACAAUCCCUGGGACAGCAUCACUAUAGACUGGCCCCAAACAUGCGGGAAACCAGUCAUUCCUCCUAUCGUAGCGUCACGCAUUGUGAAUGGAGAGGAAGCCGUAGCGCACACCUGGCCCUGGCAGGUCUCCAUGCAAGUGGGAAUAUAUGCAGACGAGCUGCAUCGCUGGCGUAUGUGCCUCGGCAAACACAACCUGACCACCACAGAGCUAAACGAACACUGCAUCAACAUCUCUGGCAUCUAUUGCCACGAAGGCUUCCAGUAUCCCACGGUGCCCACUGUGGAGUUUGACGUUGUCCUGGUGAGGCUGGUUGAAGAUGCCACUCCCACUGAUGAGAUUUCCUUCGCCUGCCUUCCCUCUGAGGAGGAAAUCCUUCCUGAAGGAAAGAAGUGCUAUGCCACUGGCUGGGGGGAUGAGACAGGUGCUAAUUCUUUCUCAUGUUCAACUUCAGAGACACUCAACCAGGUGGCCCUGCCUGUUGUCCCAUAUGACACCUGCAAACGAAUGGAUUACUGGUGGUUCCAGGUGAAGACCUCCAUGAUCUGCUGCGGAUACACACUGCUUGAUGAGCUGCAGUCUGUCUGUCAGGGAGACACAGGUGGUCCACUGGUGUGCCAGGACACACCUGGUGGUCCCUGGGAGGUUCAUGCUAUAACCAGCUUCGGUCCAAUUGGAUGCAUUAUGAACAAAAAGCCCUCCGUGUUCACCCGCAGCUCAGCCUACCUUCCACGGAUCUCAGAUGUCAUCUGCAGGGACAUCUACAAUGAGCACACAUCAGGUUGUGGAGGGCCAAAGGAUUUGCCUGGUGAAGAUGGCACCAUAUCCUCACUGGAUUACCCCAGCACCUACAGCAUCAACGCCCAAUGCCAGUGGAACAUCGAGGUGCCUGCAGGGAAACUGGUAAACCUCCACUUCAGCGGUUUCUCCCUGGAGGAGAGUCAGCUGUGCAUGAAUGACAAAGUCAGCCUCACAGGCGGGGUAGGAAGUCUGGGUAUGUGAAUGUCUGUCCCAGACUGUUAUUUUGAGCAAAUACAUGUCACAGUCAAGUGA